AAGUGCUCCCGCACAGAAGCCAAAUUUCCGUCGAAAUCACCUCUGCCACCAGAUUCAACGUACCCAUCGUGUGACGGCAGUGACCCAGAGCACAUCGACGCCUAACUUGAAGCUGUAAGUGCUAUAUUUUGCAUUCUAUGGGCACAUCGAGUUUCAAAACGGGCCGGCCCAGCUAAACCCCCCACGCUAGCGGUAAGGUCUAUAGCAAGCGCUCCGGCCGCCGCGCCGCUGCAGAUGGUGAUCGCGCUGCUAUGCCGCCCCCCAAGAAGCCCCACCUAUCGUCUACCGGGGCCUCGGAGGACGAGGACAUGGAAAAAUUCGCAAAUAGCAAGGACUUCCUCCAGCUGUUUAAGAGAACGAAGAAGACAAUGAGCUUUAGAUCAACGUUACGAACCGGGCCCGCCGUCGCCGGCGAUAGCCACGCUCGAUCACGUCGCAGCUAUGCCGAACACCACCGAAGCCGGUCCACCAUAGCCGGCCGACUAAAACGCAUGCCCCGACAACCCCCACUACCUGUCGUCGAUUACAGGUUGGCGGUUCGUCUACCGUACGGCCUGCAGCUCAACAAGGUGAGCCCAUGGAAGUAAGUCGACGCCAUCACCAACGAGACAGAGCUACAAGUCGGGUCUACCGGAUUCAAAGUAAGCGUAGACUAAAACCAAAACAUCCGUGUUCUGAGCACUGCCUAUGAAGCUAUACGGCCUCGUCACUUGGUAAGGUGCAGGAAAUUCCAAUUAGUGCAACAUGUGAUACUGCACCAUACGAAAUAUCCCCCGAUAACUCGUGUAAGGGGGCGAUAUACAGCAUCAACGAUGACGCCACGCUCGAAAUGAUACUUAAACGCAUCGAAUGCGCCACGUGUGAGGCGCCAGCAUGUCGAAGACUGGGAAAAACCAUGGUGGUCACAUUCCUGGGGAAAACAUUCUACAUCAAAAUUGUCGGCCUUCUGCUGCGGUGCUACGUCUACAAGAGGACUGUAACCCACUGCCGAACCUGCAACGAGACCGGCCAAAGAGUGGACGUCUGCCAUCCCUCCCCUCCCCCGCCACAUCCAAAUACAGGGAGUCCGGCACUUGGCUAACGACGAAGCAGUACGAGUGCCACCCUCGGUGCUCUCUGUGCGGCGGGAAUCACCAGCGGCAGCCAAUUUCUGCCGUAACAGAUUUCUGUCCCCCGUCAACCGCCGGAAACCGCAGCAGGCCCCGAGGAGAGCUAGUGCCCCGUCCGCGAAACCACGUGGCCAGCGCUCAGCGUCCCGCCAGUCGCGGUCCCCGACGCGAAGGUUGCUUAGGCAGGAGCAGUUCCAGGCCCGACGGGACGCGGAGCUUGCUUAGGCAGGAGCAGUUCCAGGCCCCGUUCCAGUUCCAGUCGCAGGACCUCAUCGCGACGACGGACGUCAUCCCGUGGCAGGACCUCGAGGCGAGAUCGUUCCUCAAGUGCCAGAAGAGGAAGCAAAGGAGCAGCGCAGGUCACGCAGCAGGGAGGGACGUCGCCUGUUCCAGACGCGGGCAAUACGCGGCAGCCCUCCCCGAAACGCUGCUUUCUGCAGAAGCAGUAUCAAACAUGGCGGCGUCCAGGGCGUUCAUGAGUUUCUGCAGGCGUGCGUACCUUCAAAAACCCUCUUGCAGGUUUCUCGCUGUGCAGUCACCCGAGCCGUCGGACGCACCAGUAGAGAAUGUUGUCGUCGACAGGCGGAAUCGUAGCAAGUUACCCGACAAGCUUGUAGACUACAGGUUCAUCUAUCCGGAGUUCCUUCCAGACAGAGACUUCAGUCUGAGGAAUUCCAUUAGGGAGAAACUGGAGAGGAAAGACAUGCUCAACCGGAGAUCAGUCAUUGAGAUCCCGGAAUUCUACGUAGGCUCCAUAAUGGCAGUCACAGUCUCGGACAACAAUGCCCCUGGCAAGCAGAACCGCUUUGUUGGAAUCUGCAUCAUGCGUGCCGGUAUUGGCAUGCGGCACCGAUUUACGCUGCGAAAUGUCAUCGACAAUCAAGGUGUGGAGAUCAUGUACGACCUGUACUGCCCCCUCUUGCUGAAAAUUGAAGUUUUGCGACUGGAGAAACGCUUGGAUGAGCACCUGCGCUACCUGCGAGAUGCCCCGCUUGAAUACAGCACAUUUCCCUUUGACAUGGAGCCUCAGACGCACAGUGAGGGAGCAGCUGUGCCAAUAAACACUCUGAAGGUGAAGCUGAAGCCACGGCCAUGGCUAGAGCGCUGGGAGAGGCAGAACCUGAAAGGCGUACAGGAUCUGGGCUUGCCGCAGAAAUUCUAUGACAAAGCAGCUGCCGUGGCGACGCCAUGGGAGCGCUAUGACCUGAUGAAGCAGUACCGUGAGGUCAUCACCGAGGAAGACCAGCUGCCCAUAUGGGAGCAGGUGGAACAUCACCGGGAAACUGUCGAGGAUGUACAGAAACGCGAGCGACGGCGUACGCUGCUUCAGAAGCCCAAGACUUGAUCACCGCAAAGAAGAGACAUGACUGGUUGCCGUUAAUGCAACAGUCACAUCUCUUGUCUGUCAUCACAUAUAUUAGGGCAUUUGACAUUUGAUACAAACUUAUCUGGAUGCUGGCUUUUAAAGAUGUUACUGCAUUCUGCUGCUGGCCAUGCAGAAGGUCAGAAUAUUUGCGAGCCCCGUCGUGUGCUAGUGCUCCCUGCUGUGUUUUUUUUUUUUCUUGUGCUCGUAAAUUUCUGGCUAAGUUUGGACCUAUGCACCGAUCAGUCAUACUGAUGUAGCUUGGUCUGUACAUAGGCAUGCCUUUCUCAGUGUUCUACACUGUGUGUUGUAGUGACAACAUUUGCACAAGUGGUUGGGAUGCUGUAUAUUGCAGUAAGUGCAGUACUUUUAUGUAGUGUUCAUUAAAUAAAUGAAAGAGAGAGGUUGGCACUGUC